AAAUCGCAAAUGAUCAAUACAAAUUGUUCAAAAUUAAAGAUAAACAAUCAGAUUAAUUGAAAGCUUCUUCCUCGUCAACUAAGUUUCUUCACUCUCCACUUCAUAAUAUCAACUUCAUUCUAAACAAUUAGAAAGAACAAAUUAUACAUGUCUCCACAAACAUAUAGAAUAUUAGUUAUUUAAGAAAGAUAUAUUAUUUAGAAUAUUAAAUAUAUCGGGAAAGUAAUUAUAUGUGUGUGGGCGGGUACCCAUGGAGCGGGUUUACCUAAACCCAAACCCAACCCGACCCGGUGAAUAGUGUAGUGGGUUUAAACCCAAACCCGGCCCAAAACCCGUCAACACGGAUUUUACCCGCGUUGACCGGGUUGGAUCGGGUGGGUACCCAUGGCUUCGGAUUUUGUUGCCAUCCCUACUUUGAAGCUUGCUUCCUAAGUAUGCACUUACGACUACAAAGUCAUGGGAGCCUUUCCACAUUGGAACACAAGCUCAACAACAUGCAUGAUGCAUGAGCAUAUUAGGAAGGAUUUAGCUACAUGUCACCAACACAUAGGUUCUUUUGAUUGCUUCUUGUGCAAGGUUCAGCUUAGAUGUUAGUAUCAAGAACCAUUCAUGUAAUACUCAACAAUGUUUUUUGCGAGUUGCAGAUGAGAAGAGAAGCCUUGAAGAGUACACAAUGCUGGUGGAUAUGUUUGAGAUGAUCCACAUUGACAACUUGAAGGUGCUGAAAGCCCUGAUUUACUAUGAGGAUGAGAUGCAACCACUUGUGGAUCUACCAAGAGAAGGGUUAGUUAACCAGGUCUUUCAAUUUCAUUAGUUAAAUGAAACAUACUUCAGGUCGUUAAUUUUGGAGUUUGAGAGCACAGGUCAGCAUUGAAGUGCCGAGAAGGAAGAAUGUCCUACUGAUAUCAGACCCCAACAUCUCCCACGACAAGCUCUCGAUCCUCGAGCAGUUCUAAAAUGAGUCGAGGCUCCAUUCGACAAGGCUAGACAGCCAGUACGAGGUGGUGUGGGUCCCUCUAGUGGAUGCUUCGAUCCAGUGGACAAACGCAAUGAAACAAAGUUCGACAGCCUGCAAUCCGCAAUGCCAUGGUACACAGUGCACCACCCUUUGUUGAUGCGGUGGUUAAGUUCGUUAGGGAACAGUGGCACUUCAGGAACAAGCCAUCCUUGUGGUAUUUGAUCCCCAAGGCAAGGUAGUCAGGCCCAAUGCCAUCCACAUGAUGUGGAUUUGGGGAAGCAAUGCGUUUCCUUUCACAAGCAGGAGGGAGGAAGACUUGUGGAACAUGGGAGCAUGGAAGCUCGAGCUUCUAGUCAAUGGAAUAGAUCCAAUGAUCCUCAACUCGGUAAAAAGACAGAAACCUUCUACUUCAUGCACGAUGUUGUUCUCACAAAUGCAUAUCUAUACUAUAUACUAUGAUCUUUUGACAAAGGAACACAUCCUUGGAGUGAAAUUGACGAUCAUGAUCCAAUGAUGAGUGAGGGAAAAGUUGAGGGAAAAACAAAUACAAAUGUCUCUGAGAAAUCUUAAAACCAAGUCCACCACCUCAUUUGUUGCGGCGGCUACUUAGGCCCACUCGAAUUAGAUGCGAAAGUGGUCUUUACGUCUUGAUCCGAUGAUAAGUCAAUAUCACUCCAAAUGCCGGCAGCCAACCUAGAAGAAGAAGAAGAAGAAGAAGCAGACAAUUAAAUAGGAAACCAAUGAAAAUUGAGACUUUGAAGGGAGAGGGAAAGUAUUUAAAACAACUCACUGCAGUGAAGAAACGGACGAGGAUCUGUGUACUGGCGGAGGAGGAGGAGGAGGAGGAGGAGGUGGAGCAACGGACGAGGAUCUGUGUACUGGAGGAGGAGGAGGAGGUGGAGCAACGGACGAGGAUCUGUGUACUGGAGGAGGAGGAGGAGGUGGAGCAACGGACGAGGAUCUGUGUACUGGCGGAGGAGGAGGAGGAGGUGGAGCAACAGACGAGAAUCUGUGUACUGGCGGAGGAGGAGGAGGUGGAGCAACGGAAGAGGAUCUGUGUACUGGCGGAGGAGGAGGAGGAGGAGGAGGUGGAGCAACGGACGAGGAUCAGUGUACUGGAGGAGGAGGAGGAGGAGAAGAAGAAGAAGAAGCUCCACUUGGCUGGUUCCUCAACAUCAUCUCAAUCUCCGAAGUAGCCCCCCGAUUGUGAUCUACAUUAACUCGAUCAAGGAUGCCCUCGAAACCAAUUGCAGGUUCACGAUCAAACGAACUGAAAGAAGAAAAAAAUUGGUAAGCACACAAUCAAUUAUAAGACCAAUG